AUGGAGGUCGACACUAAGACGCCUCUCUACCAGACUUCGGACAAGACUUCGUUUGCAUACAUCUCGGCGCGCGAUCGCUGGCCCAUCAUUCUUACAGGUGCCAUUGACGAUUUGCACAAGGCAAUUGGCAAGACCGAAGACUCUGAAAAGCAGACUGAAGGCAAAAGCAUUGUUUCGGAGCUCGCCAAGCUCAAGUAUGAGUUGCAGCAUGAUCGCCAACUUACUCCUCUCGCCGAUGACGGACAAGGAGACAUUGAGAGCUACAACAAAGAGCUAGAGCAACUCGGCAACCCCAAAUGGUUCAACGUACCAUGGCUCUUCUCCGAAUGCUACCUCUACCGUCGCAUGUCCACUCUUUUCAAACUCUCAACCCACUGGAAAAACUACGACGUCUUCAACAAGCAAAAGAUGUCCACUUUCCGCUCUUCCCGCCCUGCAGUCCUUGAACUAGCUUCGCGCUACAACGAACUCACUAAGCAACUCUCUUCCAAGUCAUCAUCUUCUCAGUCCGAGGAGGAUCGUGCGGCAGCAGAAAAGGUGCUGUUUACCGAGAUGUGCGAGAUUUGUCUCUGGGGCAAUGCUACUGAUCUGUCUCUCCUCACCAAUCUCACCUAUGAAGAUAUUCAGAAGUUGCAGGGUUCCAAGGCCAGAAAAGCAGCAGAGAAGAACAUCAUCGCCAAUGACUUUGACGCAGCCUUUGAGCUUCUGCACGCAGCCAAGAAGCAGGGAGCUAAGGAACGCCGUGUGGAUAUCGUUCUCGAUAAUGCCGGUUUCGAACUCUUCGUCGAUGUCAUUCUGGCUGGUUAUUUGUUGCAGGCAGAUCUGGCUACCACUGUCGUCUUGCAUCCCAAGAACAUUCCUUGGUUUGUUAGCGAUGUGGUGCCCAAGGAUUUCUCAGACUUGCUUACUGUCCUCGUCAACGCGAAGGACUUUUACGAGUCCCCUUCUGAAGAGGAUGAAGCCAAGGGAGUCACUCCAGCUAAACUCUCUGAACAGGAAGCAAGCGAUCUGCAGCAGUUGUUCGCAAACUGGAGUCAACUGUACGCAGAAGGCAAGAUUGUACUCCGACCCAACAAAUUCUGGACUCAAGGAGGAAGUUACUGGAGACUUCCUUCUACUGCUGAAGCUCUGUUUGAGGAUUUGAAAACUUCGGAGUUGGUGAUUUUCAAGGGCGACUUGAAUUAUAGAAAGUUGACUGGUGAUGCUGCAUGGGAUCCCACCACCCCCUUCACCACUGCCAUCGGUCCUCUAGGUCCUGGAUCAGGCAUGCGCACACUCGCCCUUCGCACCUGCAAAGCCGAUGUCGUAGUCGGGCUUCCUGAAGGCGAAGACGAGCGUCUCCGUGCUACGGAAAACGGAGGUGGAGAUUCGGGAGCUAGAAAGUGGGCUUGGAGUGGCAAGUUUGCUGUUGUGCAGCUUUGCGAUGGCAAGAAGUAG